AUGGCGUCCUUCCUCCCACUCCUGCUUCUCACCGCCUUCCUCUCGGCUAAACCUGCACUCUGCUAUGUCCAUCCAGGUGCAAGAUUAUUGGAGAGAAAUGGGACGGAGCAUUCAGGUCGUCGAGACUUCAUUGUGCUCGUCGAGCCGCCGCCGCUUGGCCACGGCGAUGCCGAGGACGACCACCGCCGGUGGCAUGAAUCUUUCUUGCCGCUGAGUCAGCUCGCCGACUCCGAUGACCCGCCACGCCUCGUCCACUCCUACACCGAGGUGUUCAGCGGCUUCGCGGCGAGGCUCACCGACGCGGAGCUCGGCGCGGUGUCCAAGAAACCGGGGUUCGUGCACGCGUUCCCGGACCGGACGCUGCAGCUCAUGACCACGCACACGCCGGAGUUCCUCGGUCUGAGGAAGGACGCCGGGUUGUGGAGGGACCACGGCUACGGGAAGGGUGUCGUCGUCGGGGUUCUUGACUCCGGCAUCCACGCGCCGCACCCUUACUUCGACGACCACGGCAUGCCGCCGGCCCCGGCGAGGUGGAAGGGCUCGUGCAGAGGCUCCGCCGCCCGGUGCAACAACAAGCUCAUCGGCGCCAAGUCGUUCGUCGGCGACAAUGACACCAGCGACGGCGUAGGGCACGGCACGCACACCUCAUCGACGUCCGCCGGUAACUUCGUCGACGGCGCCUCGAUGAAUGGCCUGGGCGCCGGCACGGCCUCCGGGAUCGCUCCCGGCGCGCACGUCGCCAUGUACAAGGUGUGCACCGUCGACGGGUGCAGCGGAGGGUCCUUGCUGGCCGGACUAGACGAGGCGAUCAAGGAUGGCGUCGACGUGCUCUCCCUCUCCCUCGGCAGCAACGAGCCUUUCAGCUUCGACCAGGACCCCAUCGCCAUCGGCGCGUUCAGCGCGGUGUCCAAGGGCAUCGUCGUGGUGUGCGCCGCUGGCAACCGUGGCCCGGAGCUGGAGACGCUUAGCAACGAAGCGCCGUGGCUGCUCACGGUCGCCGCCGGCUCAGUCGACCGGCAAUUCUCGGCAGUCACCCGGCUCGGCGACGGCAAGCUCAUCGACGGCGAGGGGCUUCAUCAGACGACGAGGAAUCCAAGCGGCAGAUCGUAUCCUCUGUUCUACUCGAGCAACCAGAGUGUCUGCGGGUCCGUGGACACAGGCAGCGUCAGAGGCAAGAUCGUGCUUUGCGAAGUGGACCCGGCCGAGGCGAACUCCGUCGACGACAUUAAGCUCGCCGGCGCCACCGGCGUGGUGCUGAUGAACAGUGCCAUCGAUGGCUACACGACUGUUCUCCGGGAUUUCGGCUCCGACGUCGUGCAGGUGAACGGGGACGGCGGCGCCAGCAUCGCGGAGUACGCGGCGUCAAGAAAGCCGGUGGCCGCCAUCACGUUCAACAACACGCUGCUCGGUGUUCGUCCAGCUCCCACGGUGGCGUCGUUCUCGUCCCGGGGACCGAGCGUCCUCAACCCCGGCGUGCUCAAGCCGGACAUUCUGGCGCCGGGGCUCAACAUCCUCGCCGCGUGGCUACCGCUCGGCACCGGCAAGGGCGCCGGGACUUUCAACAUCAUAUCCGGCACGUCCAUGGCGACGCCGCAUGUCAGUGGCGUGGCGGCGCUUGUCAAGAGCGCCCACCCCGACUGGUCUCCGGCCGCCAUCAAGUCGGCCAUCAUGACGACAUCCGACGCGGUCGACAACACCGGCGGCCCGAUCCUGGACCAGCAGCACGCCAAGGCCGGAGCGUUGCUGGCCGGCGCCGGCCACGUGAACCCGACGAGAGCCGCCGACCCAGGCCUGGUCUACGACCUCGGCGUCACCGAUUACGCCGGCUACAUCUGCACGCUCCUCGGCGAGAAAGCCCUGGCGAUCAUCGUGCGCAACGGUAGCUUGAGCUGCCAUGACCUCCCCAAGGUGCAGGACACGCAGCUGAACUAUCCGGCGAUCUCGGUGCCGCUGAGGCAGUCGCCGUGGACGGUGAGACGGACGGUGACGAACGUGGGGCCGGCGAGGUCGACGUACAGGGCGAACCUGACGAUGCCCGGGGCGUCGUCGACGGUGCGCGUGACCCCGGAGACGCUGGAGUUCAGCAGGGCCGGGGAGAAGAAGACGUUCAGCGUGACGGUGACCGGGAGGGCGAGCGGGACGGUGGUGGUGGAGGAAGGGAGCCUGAGCUGGGUGUCCGCCUCCGAGAAGCACGUCGUGAGGAGCCCUGUGGUGGUCAUCCUCGGCUAUGCCGCCGCCCCGCCGCCGCCACCGGAUGGUAGCUGGGCCUGAAUUUUUCUUCAUGGGCUUUUUAUACUAGUAGCACUAUUGUGGAUAUGGUAACAAUAACUGGGCCGAUUUUUCAUCAGAAUCUUAGUUGGCCUCGAAUUACU